GGUAGGUAAAAUUUUUUCUCUAUUAAACGCAUUUUCCGUGAAAACCGAAGCAGAGCAGAAGAUAUGAUGGCUAAAUUGUUGCCAGUUUCCCAGUAUUGUGUUGUUGUAUUGCCUCCCAAACUUGGAUUUCAUGGCGGCGGCGGCUCCGGCUCCUCCACUGAUCGCACCUUUGUACGUUUCUUGACCACCAGCAGCAGAUCAUCGGAGCUUGGCACAUUUUCUGGAUCAAUUGGCGCUCAACAACAGCACCAAAAGUGGGUUUCGAGGAGGACUAGGGUUGUCUCUUCUUCUUCCGACUCCAAAGCUCCGACUAUUAUCGUCGAAGAAAUCCAACCAGAUUCUAUUAUUGGCGGAGGAGACGGUGCAGGUCACGGCGGAGAAGGAGGCGGCGGUGGAGGCGGAGGCGGCGGAGGAGACAAUAACAGUAAUAGUAACGAGGAGGAGGGUGAAGAAGCCGAAAACGAUAACGUGGACAAGUCAUUUUCCAUGUCCAUGUCCCAGAAAUUGACACUCGGCUAUGCUGCCCUGGUCGGAGGUAUUCUUGAUUUUUCGUACUUUUGUGUUCAAGUGGGUGGAGUUAUGGGCUAUUUGAAAAGUGGCAGCAAAAAGUCACUGAUAGCUGGUGGACUAUCAGCAUUGCUACUGUAUUAUGUUUUUACUCUGCUUCCCACAAGACCGGCUUUGGCAUCAUCCCUUGGAUUUGGCCUUUCUGCUGCUCUUCUGGGAGUAAUGGGCUCUCGAUUUAAGAAGUCAGGAAAGAUAUUUCCAGCUGGUGUUGUAUCUCUUGUGUCCCUUAUUAUGAGUGGUGGCUACAUCCAUGGAGUUUUGCGCAGUCUGCACUGAAAAUGUUUAGGUUGCCCUUGACUAGUUAAGUAGUUUCAGUCGUAUUUUUUUUUUUUAAAUUUUAUUUUUGAAUGAUGUUCGUUUGGGUUUGGUUUGGUUGCUGACUCUAAUCCAUAUCUACGUAUUAGUCUGGCAUGUAAUGUUAGUAAUUUGGUAUUUUGGUAUAUUAUGAAAUGCGGAGUUUUGAGGAAUUUGUGUUUUUA